UGUUUGCGAGACCCAACAUCGGUGUCAUUUAUAUUCAGUUGCUGGUUCUCCCUUGUUCAAGAGAAUCCAAGAGGUCGACAAAUAGCUUGAAACGACGCCGACAUUUUCUUGAGUCCUCAGAUGAAGAAGAUUUGUGAACAAUUUCAGUGAAGCGUGAAGCGAACGUUUGUCCCUCGCUAAGUUUUUGAUGGUUUUGACACAUUGUUGACAGCUUUAUGUCAACUUUCUGUUGGCCUUUUAGCAUGAAUUGUAAAUGUGGAGUUUGCACGAGAAAACGAGUCGUGGUUUUCGAUGAAUUCUGAGCUUCUCGUUCGACGCGAAGAAAUAACUGAGGAGUUUUUAUUGUAGUUGCUCCGCGCGCGGCCGUCUGAUGUUAUGUAAUCGCGUCCUACAGAAUUUUCAAAAUUUUCAACACAAGUGGUCAUAUGAUAAAAUGCUUAUUGACUACGUAAGGUCGGGCCGGAUGGAAAAAUAAGGGGAGGCUGCGUUCCAGGUUAGGAGACAAACAUCAAUUUACCUGUUAAUUUAAUAGCGUCCAUACAUAAGUUAGUGAGGGACAGAGAUGGAGACCGAGAAGAUUUAGCGGGGGCAAUUUAGAGUUUGUUUCAUUAACCCUGUGAAUUCAAUUUGCUACAGUACUAUAGAGCCACAAGUUAAAGGUAUGAUGCGUGCUUUUCCAAUAUAACGUCACCAGUUAAUUCCAUGGUUUUAAGAACGGGCAUUGUUGAUAUUUUCAAAUUGAAAUUCAGUUCUAUCCGCAGAGAAAUUCGAGAUUUUGUCAAUUUCCUUCACUGCCUAGAUUUUAAAUGUAUUUCCCCAUUAGUUUUUCCCAGUUUGUUUGCGAUAAACGGAAGAAUUUAAGGUCGUAGAAUCUCCAAAUAAAUAGGUUACAUACCAAGAGAGAGAAAUUAAAAAGUAACUUUAUUUUCUACUUUGUCAACGAAUAUAUUAUGCAAAGCAGGUCCUCUAUUACUACUCGUCGGCUAGCAGCAUGUAAUUGGCUACGAAUGAAAAUAGCACUAAACCAUUAAACAAAUAAUAUACAUUGCCUAUCGACCAAUUAGCCAAUAAGAAUGCAGUCCACUGCCACGAAGUCAAGUAAAAACGUGCUUGAAACUUAUCGUUCUUGAUUUACAGUCGUCCUGUGAAGUAAGUUCACAUCAGCAACAGAAAAUGGAACUUCAAUUUUAUGAAUCAGGGAAAUAUCUUCUUGUAUUGGUGAUACUUGUCUGUUCGUCAAAUGGUUCUAAGGUCAUUGAUGUUGGUGGUAAAACUCUCAGCCGAGGCACAGAUAGAGGAAUGGCUUACGCCAAAUUUAAGGCUCACAAAUUCUCCUUCCUCAACAUUACCAACAUUGGUUCGGAUUAUGUUCUCAAAAGCAGUGAGUGUGGGCUUGCUUGCGUCAACAUACCGUCAUGUUUCUCCUUUAACCUGGCUGUAUUCUCAGAUAUCAACAACGGAAAAAUCUUAUGUGAGUUGCUCCCAUCCGACAUUUACAACAAUUCCAAGAGAUUCGUCGCAAGCCAGUUUCAUCAUCACUAUAGCAUCGCGUCUCCAUGCAUUAGUUGGCCUUGUCAGAACAAUGGUACUUGUGCUGCACAUUACGAGAAAAAUAGCUAUGUGUGCGCAUGUGCCAUGGGAUACACAGGGAAAUAUUGUGAAACAGAUAUCGAUGAAUGCUCUAGUAACCCAUGUCUCAACAACGGAACUUGCAGCGACCGAGUGAAUGGGUUCACGUGCAGCUGUGUAACGGGAUUCACUGGAACACGUUGUCAAACGGAUAUCGAUGAAUGUGCUAGUAACCCAUGUCUCAACAAUGGAACUUGCACUGACCGAGUGAAUGGAUUCACUUGCAGCUGUGUACCGGGAUUCAGUGGAACACGUUGUCAAACGGAUGUCGAUGAGUGCUCUAGUAACCCAUGUCUCAACAAUGGAACUUGCACCGACCGCGUUAAUGGGUUCACGUGCAGCUGUGUACCGGGAUUCAGCGGAAUCCGGUGUCAAACAGAUAUCGAUGAGUGUGCUAGUAACCCAUGUCUCAACAAUGGAACUUGCACUGACCGCGUUAAUGGGUUCACGUGCAGCUGUGUACUGGGUUUCAGUGGAACUCGAUGUCAAACAGAUAUCGAUGAAUGCUCUAGUAACCCAUGUCUCAACAAUGGAACUUGCACCGACCGAGUGAAUGGGUUCACGUGCAGCUGUGUACCGGGAUUUAGUGGAACGCGGUGUCAAACAGAUAUCGAUGAAUGCUCUAGUAACCCAUGUCUCAACAACGGAACUUGCAGCGACCGAGUGAAUGGGUUCACGUGCAGCUGUGUAACGGGAUUCACUGGAACACGUUGUCAAACGGAUAUCGAUGAAUGUGCUAGUAACCCAUGUCUCAACAAUGGAACUUGCACUGACCGAGUGAAUGGAUUCACUUGCAGCUGUGUACCGGGAUUCAGUGGAACACGUUGUCAAACGGAUGUCGAUGAGUGCUCUAGUAACCCAUGUCUCAACAAUGGAACUUGCACCGACCGCGUUAAUGGGUUCACGUGCAGCUGUGUACCGGGAUUCAGCGGAAUCCGGUGUCAAACAGAUAUCGAUGAGUGUGCUAGUAACCCAUGUCUCAACAAUGGAACUUGCACUGACCGCGUUAAUGGGUUCACGUGCAGCUGUGUACUGGGUUUCAGUGGAACUCGAUGUCAAACAGAUAUCGAUGAAUGCUCUAGUAACCCAUGUCUCAACAAUGGAACUUGCACCGACCGAGUGAAUGGGUUCACGUGCAGCUGUGUACCGGGAUUUAGUGGAACGCGGUGUCAAACAGGUUAGUGUCUAUGAAAUGACUUGAUUAUUAAUUAAUUUGUUUCCAUGCAGUUUUUACAAAAUUUUUCACACAUUUAAAACAUCUCUGUCAUAACAAUAGUCUCUGUGUUCUACAACAAUUUUUACACGUGGAACAUACACUAAGUGAAAUAUUGUUUACAACAAGCAUGAAUGCCUUUAAGAAAUAAAGGGCCUAACAUUAUAUUCCUUUGGAAAUAUCUUAGGUAGCCAUUGUUACUUUGAAAAUGUUUUUUUAUUAUCAUUAUUUUAAUCCAGACUGCCCAUAUUUACACUGUUCAUAUAUUGACUGA